GUCUACAGUGCGCGCGGCGCGUCUGUGCUUGUGGGGUGAAAAAAAAGAUGAGUUUGAAUUUGGAAGCUUACUUUCAGUCCAUUUUCGAAGAACGACUCAGACUAGAUUGUUGGGAAUUUCAGAAAUGAGACCUCGCAGAAGGAUUUGGCGGAUUCGAGUUUAAGUGCAAUGAAGCUCGUGGAGGUGCGCGAGGAGAGCACCAGUUUGACCAGGGCACUGGAAGCUCAAAAACAGGAGACGCAGAUGCAGCGGGAGAAUUUAAGAGAGAGAGACGAAAACAUUAAGAAAGGAGAAGAGAAACUGAAGAAAUCCAUACUGAAAUAUAAUACGUUUUUGCAAGAAAAUGAUGGCAGACAGUCGCGUGCCAUAAAGAAGGCGGAAGCCGAGAGAGCUCAAAUCAGACUGAAAGACCUGGAGAUUCAGAAGCUAAAGGCAGAGAACGACACCCUGCUGGCGCGAAAACAGUUACUGGAGGAUCGUGUCAGAAAGGCCUCGUGCUACCAAGAGUUUCUGGAGAGAGCCGCAAAAAUGUCCGGAAAGUUUGAGAACAUUGGUCAAGUCAUUGACCGUCUUCAAGCGCUCCGGUCUAUCCACAAAGAACUUCAAGAAAACCAAACUAGGUUAGACAAAGAAAAAGAGAGCACAAAGCUGGAACUGAUACAGUACCUAAAUAAACAGCGAACUCUUCUCCUGCACUGUAACAACCAACUGCAUCUGCAACAGACCCAGCUAGACAGCAUACGCUUAGAAGCAUACAAAUGGGAAUUAAAAUUGAAGCAUUUCCAUUCCACUGCAGCAAAAGAGACCCUCUUAUUUGCUCAGCUAAAGGCCACAAUCCGUAACAUUUAUCAGAUGAUCACACAUUACAGGAAAGUCUCUGUGGACACUGAAGACACCUUCAAGCAGUUGGAAAUGAUUCAGAAAUAUUUUCAGCUCAUGAGAGCUAUAGAUGAUGAACUGAAGUUCAACAUAAUGGCAAGACCGAAUCAAACUGAAGAGAAUGACAGCAGAGAUUAAGACCCAAUCUCUGAAGAUGUAUAUCCACUGAAAAUGGAUAGAUGUGCCUAAGCUAUAUAAAAAUCAUCAUCUGGCCACCCUUGAGGAUUGUACAGGAUUGUGCACUGGAAUAUUGCCCACGGGCAUGGAGAUUAAAAGGAUAUUUCAUUAAAA